GCUUAGCAUAGCGGCCCCGGCGGAGCGGCGGUGUGUAUGUGUGUCUCCGCGGAUUAAUCCGAAUUUUACUUUAAAAAACAAAAUUAAUUCGGUUUAUUCCGUCGUAGUUCGACAGCGAGGAUACACACGAAGAAACGAACCGAGUCAGGACGCGGUUAAUCCGGAUUGUGGGGUUUGUAUGAGUGUUUAUCUGAAGCCGGACUGGGUUUGUUCAGAUCGCUGCGCUGAACCCGGUUACCGCCUGUAACGGUCAAAUAAUCCGAAUUAUAGCUGAAAUAAAGCGGAUAGAGCGCGCGGCGGGUCGGUGCUGAGUGAGCUGAGAUGAGUACCGGUGUUCUGGACUCGGUGGACCGAGUGGAGCUGUGUGAGAGUCUCCUGACCUGGAUCCAGACGUUUGGAGUGGAGGCACCAUGCAAAACAGUGGAAGAUCUAACGAGCGGAGUGGUCAUGGCCCAAGUCCUGCAGAAAAUAGAUGGCGUAUAUUUCAGCGAUGGCUGGAUCAGCCGUAUAAAGAGUGAAGCUGGAGAUAACUGGAGGCUGAAGAUCAGUAAUUUGAAGAAGAUACUGAAGGGUAUUUUAGAUUACAACCGUGAGAUUCUGGGGCAGCAGAUUAAUGACUUCACUCUUCCUGAUCUGAAUUUGAUUGGGGAACACUCGGAUGAGGCGGAGUUGGGCAGAAUGCUGCAGCUCAUACUGGGCUGUGCCGUCAACUGUGAACAGAAACAAGAAUACAUCCAGACCAUCAUGAUGAUGGAGGAAUCUGUGCAGCAUGUUGUGAUGACGGCCAUUCAGGAGCUCAUGAGUAAAGAGACUCCGGUUUCUGGAGGAAACGACUCGUAUGUUGAUCUGGACAGACAGCUGAAGAAGACGGUAGAGGAGCUGAACGACGCUCUGGCCUCUAAAGAGGAGAUCGCCCAGCGCUGCCAUGAGCUGGACAUGCAGGUUGCAGCUCUGCAGGAGGAGAAGGGCAGUCUGCUGGCAGAGAAUCAGCUCCUGAUGGAGCGCCUCAACCAGUCCGACUCCAUCGAGGACCUGAACAGUCCUGCAGGGCGGCGACACUUUCAGCUACAGACCCAGCUGGAGCAGCUGCAGGAGGAGACCUUCAGGCUGGAGGCGGCUAAAGACGACUACCGUAUCCGCUGUGAAGAGCUGGAAAAGGAGCUUUUGGAGGUCAAAGGUCAGAAUGAGGAGCUGACCUCACUGGCUGACGAGGCGCAGACCCUCAAAGACGAAAUGGAUGUUCUCAGACACUCGUCAGAUAAAGUGUCGAAGCUGGAGGCGCAGGUGGAGUCGUAUAAGAAGAAGCUGGAGGAUCUGGGGGAUUUGAGAAGGCAGGUGAAGCUGCUGGAGGAGAAGAACACCAGCUACAUGCAGAACACAGUCAGCCUGGAGGAGGAGCUGCGCAAAGCCAACGCAGCCCGUUCACAGCUGGAGACCUACAAGAGACAGGUGGUGGAGCUCCAGAACAGACUGUCGGAGGAAUCGAAAAAGGCAGAUAAGAUGGAGUUCGAGUGCAAACGUCUGAAAGAGAAAGUGGACUCGCUUCAGAAAGAGAAAGACCGGAUGAGAACUGAGAGAGACUCUCUGAAGGAGACGAUAGAGGAGCUCCGGUGUGUCCAGGCUCAAGAGGGUCAGCUUACUUCAGGACUGGUUCCACUGGGCAAUAAUGAAGGGUCUGAUUCACUAGCUGCUGAAAUCAUCACUCCAGAGUUCAGGGAGAGGCUGAUCCGUCUGCAGCACGAGAAUAAGAUGCUGAAGCUGAAUCAGGAGGGAUCUGAUAACGAACAGAUCGCCCUGCUGAAGAGUCUGCUGGAGGACGCUAACGCCAGGAAGAACGAGCUGGAGAGUGAGAACAGGCAGGUGAAUCAGAGGCUGAUGGCGGGUCAGAGUGAGGUGGAGGAGCUUCAGAAGAGUCUGCAAGAGCAGGGCUCUAAAGCUGACGAUACGGUUCUGCUGAAGAGGAAGUGCGAGGAACACUUAGAAAAGCUGAGAGACGCCACGAACGAACUGCAGAAGAAGCACAGCGUCAUCGAAGACCUGGAGACCAAAUACAGCUCGAGCGCACAAAAGGUUGAGGAGCUGGAGGAUGCUCUGAAGAAGAAGGAUGAAGACAUGAAGCAGAUGGAGGAGAGAUACAAGAAAUACCUGGAGAAAGCGAAGAGCGUAAUUCGGACUCUGGAUCCCAAACAGAACCAAGGCUCGGCUCCUGAAGUUCAGGCCCUGAAGAACCAGCUGCAGGAGAGAGAGAGGAUGCUGCACUCACUGGAGAAAGAAUAUGACAAGACUAAGUCUCAGAGAGACCACGAGGAGAAGCUGAUCGUAUCUGCCUGGUACAACAUGGGCAUGGCUCUGCAGAAGAAGGCGGCGGAGGACCGCUUGGCGAGUACGGGCUCUGGUCAGUCUUUCCUGGCCCGGCAGAGACAGGCCACCAGCACACGCCGCUCUUACCCCGGCCACGUCCAGCCAGCCACGGCCAGGUAGAGCUGCCACCCACCCCGUCACCACGGCUGCCCCCACCUCCUCGCCAGGCAACCCUGUAGCCAGUUGGGACGCGGUUCCUUCCUUAUAGCCCCGCCCAGUUCUCUUUAACUCCUCCCACUUCUGCUUCUCCUCUUCAUCUUCCUGUCCCACCUGAACACUUUUUAAAUUCGCCCAGGUUUAAAGGUCACAGGGUAUAUCCCCCCCACCCCCACCCAUCCUGUUUACAGACUGUUCCUCUCUGUGUUCCUCUUUGUGUUCCUCCCUGUGUUUCUCUGCGUUUCUCUGUGUGUUCCUCUGUGUUUUUAAGCCGGGGGGAUUUUAAGAAGAGAUGUGAUGUGAUUGGAGGGAUGUAGAGUUAAGCAUUAUUAAUGGAACAGAGUGAAAUCUUCCUCUUUAAAGCAGAAUUUUAUUAGAUUUUUUUUUUAUUUGAUAUGAUGGCUUUUAACGAGCCCUUCCUAAUGCAGUAUUAAUCACAAGCACUCCUCUCCACAGCGCAUGGUGGAGUUAGUUUCAGGAAGCUGUCUGAGGUGCUGCAGAGCUGAUGCUGACCUGCCCAACUGUUACAUUGAAAAAGUGUGAAGUUUCAUCAGUUUCUAGUUUGGCGAAGGAAAUACAAUUUUCUCAAUUUUGCUCUAAACGCUAAUGUAACCCAUCAUCUAAGACAAGCUAGACAUGAGUAUAGAAUUCACAUGGUUUAAGAUUAAGAGUGUUUUUUGAUUUAGGACUGCAGCGAGUAGCACUGUGCUAACUGGUGUUUCUGUAUUUUUCUGUAUUUUUCGAUUAUAAGGCACGUUAUGGAACACUAGUAAGGAAUAGGGGUGUUGCCAUAAUUUACUUCUAAUUCAGCAGGUUUUAGGGCUGGGUGGUGGUGGCGUUAGCAAAUUUUACUUAAAGUUAAGUAAAGCUAAGUCAACAAAACUGUAAUUCUUAAAAAUAAAUCUUUAAAAGUCAAACGAGUGCUGGAUGUCAAUCUACACAGAUUUCUCGCCUGGAAACUGUUUAUUCGGUUGAGUAAAAUGCUUAAGCUUAUUUACAGUAAGCUUAGAUUUCCACUACGGCUUGGUUCAGCAGCAUUAGCAGAUAGCAGUAAAUCCGGCCCAACUAAUGCUAAUGCUGCUCCAGCAGAGUUGGCAGCAGGCUACAGUCUGACUUGCUCCCCUCUGAACGGCAAAAGAGCUAGUGCUUAGUGCUGUUAGCGGAUAAUGCUAAUACUGUUCUAACCUUAGUGCUGGAGAAACUUUACUGAAAACUUAACCUUAUAAUGCUGUACUUUAGUGGAGUGGCUUUAUUGCUGCUUAAUACCUGACUGGUAGAAUUCAUACAGAUUAUAAGGCGCACUCACGAUUUUUGGGAAAAUUAAAAGAUUUUAAAAAAAAUACGGCUACAUUUUCUAUACAAUGGCCACCAACAAAGUAUUCUUAAUAGUGAUGCUGUGGGCCAAUUUGUAAUAUUUGGGCUGCAUACAAGAACCACACACACACUACUACGUUGCUAUAAAAUGAUCUAAUCGUUAAUCAAAGGAAUUAUAAGAGUAUACAUGAUUAUAUACAGUCAUAUGCAGGGUCUGGUCGACAUGCUCUGGCCUUAAGAUACACUGUGCUGUAUCAUCACUCUCCAGCAGUAUUUCAUUCAUUAUAUACUGUACCUUAUAUACUUCCAGACUGUGGAUAUUUUUCUUAUUGGCUGCUUCUUAUGUUGAUUAUUCACACAAGUAUUAUCAUAUAAACAUGCUGCCUCUCCCGCAUCUCUGCUUAAAACCCCACUGGCAGGCUUACAUAUAGAAAACGUCUCAGAGUAUUAGUGCUGAUCUGGGACCAGCUCGUUUUUGUAUGCAUAUUCUUGUCGUCACACAAAAACCUCAUAUCUCUAUCUCCAUUGUGCAUUUUUUCAAGUUUUGGUACAAGUUGAAUCUGACAGUUGUUUGUUAACAUUGUGUCCAAAUUUCAUGAUAAACCAAACAAUAGAAAAGCUCCAAAAUGAUCUUUUUACAUUGAGUGCGUUUGCAUGCAGUCAAAAAUCUGCUUGUAUUCAGAUUACUGAAGUUAACCAGAUUAUUCACAUGGUCAUGUGAACAGCAUACAUUCAUUUCUUUUAUCACAGUGAGAUUUAAAAUUCUGAUUAACACUCUGUGGCAUGGUGUUGCCCUUAGGCAGCAAACAAUAUAUAUAUAUUUUUAACAUUACACUGAUCCCUAAAUGUCUUAAUAUGAGAAGUAUAUUUGGAAAGCCUAAUUUUCUUGGUUGUUUUCAUGAAUUCAUGAACCUCUUAAAACAUGUAUUUUUUAUUUGUUUCUUCCGGGCAUCAUUAUGCAAUUAAAUCACAAGGCAAUCAAGCUGAAGCUCUUGAUUUUUAUUUUACAAAUACAAAUAUCAUGCUAUAGAGGGUUAAGAAAUCUGAUAAAGCUGGAAUUUAGCUCAAUAAUUAGAUUUCUUUAAUGCAUGUAAACUCUUAAUCAGAGUAUUAUGGGAUUUCUCAGUCUGGGAAUGAGUGAAAACAGAAUGUGGUAGUGGAAAUACUAUAAGGUGCACAAAAUUUUAAUUGACACUAGUAAGGAACAAGGGUGUCGCCAUGUUUCCCUUCUAAUGGGUAAGCUAAGGGAAGCGCCUUAGUAAACAAAACUGUAAUUCUUUAAAAAAAAACACAUUUUCUUUCAAAGUCAAACGAGUGCUUGAUAUUAAUCUACACAGAUUUCUCUCCUGAAAACUGUUUAUUUGAGUCAGUAAAGAACUUCUGUUUAUUUACAGUAAGCACAAUAUUAUAAGUACAAUAUUUUGUACAGUGCAGUUAGCAGCAGCACUUAGCGCUAGUAAAUGCUGCCCGAUAGCGCUCCACUGAGGAACCCUGAGUGUUCUAGUAACCCAGGGCGCUAUCAGCUUGUGGUUUGUCCCACAUAACUAGUUUUAACAUGGUAAUCACACAGACUACAGUCCAAUAUACUCACCUCUAAAUGGUGAAAGUGCUAGUGCUAGCGGUUUGCCUCUAAUGCUAAUAUUGCUCCAGCCUUAGUGCUGGAGAAACUUUACUGAAACUCCUUUAUAACACUGUACUUCAGCAGAGUGUUUUGUGAGAUGCCUUGUAAUUCCCUCUUUUAAACUGAUACAAGUUUAUUAUCUGAUUUCUGACUCAUACUCAUAACAUCAAAUGAUAUUCUGUAGUAAUUCUAGCAGGAUUAUAACCUUCUUGUAAACGCACCCAUUGACUUCUGUUGAAAGCUGCUAUUUUUUUUUUUAGAUAUGUGUUUUUUGCAUGAAAUCUGUUUCCAGAUCUGCAUUUUUUACUCUGAGACAUAAUUCUAUUCUUUCCUGUCCCAAAAAAUCCAACAGUGUAAGAGAGGGUGUAUGCAUUUAUUUGUACAUCUAUUGUAAGCAUUUAUGGCUCGGUCAUUUUAUAUGCAUCUGAAUAUUUUUACCUUUUCCUUUCAUGUGUUUAAUUGAUGUUUUUUUUUCGUCCUUAAUGACUUUAAGGAACUCAUAUCUAUGCAUUGGACUUCUGCAGAAUGUGGCUAUUGUUUGUUAGUGUGUUUUAUCUUGUUUGUGGGAGAAAAGAGGGUGGUUUUAGUGGUGAUUAUAUAUGUUACUGAUGUGUUUUUCAGUCCUGUGGAUUCUGCCUGUAACACAGAGCCUCCAAACCUGGCCACACCCCUUUUUAAAUACCCCUUAUAUACCCUUAUUACCCUUAUAUACAAACCCACUUCUUAUAGAGUCUCAUGUGCCAUGCCUUAACGUGCCGUUUCAGCCUCAGCUUAAGAUACACUUAAACUACACUUAAACUACACUCAAAAACCUCAGACCUACUGAUCUGUUCACAGUCUGAUCUGAUAGAAAACGUUUAUAUAUACUAAUAGACCUCUUUAGGUUAUUCUGUGUGUUGGAGUGUUGUGUUUAAGGGUGCACUGAUACAGGAGCUGUGCGAUGCUGAUACUUGAUUUCUGAUAUUUUUCAUGUGCCAAAUAUUUAUCUGUCAAUGCCAAACUUGAUACUAAUUUAGAAGUUUAGAGGGACUAAAUACAAUCAAAAUUACAGAAAAAUAAAUACAUAAAAUAAAAAAAUAAAUAGUAUGUAUUUGGAAAUUGGGUACCACUUUAAAAUAAAGCUCCUUUAUAAAGGGUUUAUAAAGUUAUAAAAUAGUUUUUAAAAUGGUUUAUUUAUGUUAUUAAUUAGGCUAUAAACUAUUAAUAAGCAGUUACAACACAUUACAAAGGAAGGGAAUAACAGGCCUGUCAUGUACCAGAUAGUGAUUCCACAUUUAUAUACAGGGGUUGGACAAUGAAACUGAAACACCUGGUUUUAGACCACAAUAAUUUAUUGUGGUGACGGACAGUUCUGGUGGAAACAGGAGAGUUGAGGUGCACAUUGAAUUCUGCGUGAUUUGAUCAGCCGUGGUUUUAUGUUUUUUUGGAUACAAUCCGGGUUAGCACCCGAACAUCCCUUUCAGAUAGCUUCCUCUUACAGCGUCCACAGUUAAUCCUGUUGGAUGUGGUUGGUUCUUCUUGGUGGUAUGCUGACAUUACCCUGGAUACCGUGGCUCUUGAUGCAUCACAAAGACUUGCUGUCUUGGUCACAGAUGCGCCAGCAAGACGUGCACCAACAAUUUGUCCUCUUUUGAACUCUGAUAUGUCACCCAUAAUGUUGUGUGCAUUGCAAUAUUUAGAGCAGAACUGUGCUCUUACCCUGCUAAUUGAACCUUCACACUCUGCUCUUACUGGUGCAAUGUGCAAUUAAUGAAGAUUGACCACCAGGCUGCUCCAAUUUAGCCAUGAAACCUCCCACACUAAAAUGACAGGUGUUUCAGUUUCAUUGUCCAACUGUUAGCUCCUAUCCAUACCUGAUUUUAGCCCUUAACCAGGCUGGAUAUUUAGAAGGGUACACAGGAAUGUCAGGGUGCAUGGUGGCUGGCCAUUUGUGAGUGGGUGUCUGAUUACAGCAUGAUUACAUCACUCAUUUACCAUUUAAGUCAUUAGAAAUCUGUAUGACUACUAACUACUAAGCAGUCGCAUGUUGUCGAUUUGUCCAUUUAAGGGCGUUUUCACACCUGUAGUUGGUUUCUAUGGUCCGAAUCAGUUAAUUGAAUUUAUUUUUAUGUUUACUUGGAGCGUUUUGGUUUGUUUUCACGCAGAAAUAAACCUAAACACACCAAAAUGCGCACCAAUAAACCACACAAGCUUGUAGUUUCCUCUGAUUGGUCAGAGCUGUCUGGUACAAGAGCAAGGAAGUAAAUAUAGCGAGAAGAUUCAGUGUUCCUGUGUGUAUAUCUGUGCACUGUGAAGUUGCUUAGUUGCUUUAACACAGAGCGCAGAAACUUAGUAGUGAAGAUUUACACGUGCAGUGAACACAGCACAGGCUGCAUGUGUGUAAACAGCAUGGAGCAGCAGAGAUGGCAUUUGUUCGUUGUUGUGGUAAUUAGUGUUUUUGGGCUAAUAUAUGAGAUUAAACUGCACCUUAUCAGCGGAUUGGCUUAAAUAAAAGGAGUAUGUAUAACAGCUCGGUCAAAUCGAGACCGGAUCACGCUUUCGGAGUUCGUUUGGGACCCACACUCGAGUGUGAUUACUUUUUUUUGUUAUACUUACUCAAUCGAAACAAACUAGAGUCUAGAGUUAUAACCAGACCAAAUAGUACAGGUGUGAAAACGCUUUAAAAACAUGAACUCCCACUUUUUCGUCACAAAUUAGGAAGUUUGUUAAAAACAGCUACAAAAUUCACAUUAUUUCAAUAAUUUUAAAUUGCAAAAAUUUCAAUUUUUGCAUGACAGCAUGAUAUUUAGGUCCAUUAGACUGGUGAAAUCCAAGCUACUGUCAUUCUCUGUGUUGAUCACUAACAGCACGAUCAUUAACAGCCAUUUAACAUUCAUUUAUUGCACAGGUCUUGGGUCUUGAUUGACCGUUUUGUUUGAUUGCUGUCCAUGUCCCUCUCUCUCUCUCUCUCUCUCUCUCUCUCUCUCUCUCUCCUCCCUUCACAGUGAUGUAAUGGCAUGACCAGCCAGUCAGAAUUGAGGGGGGCGUGGCUGCAUGAUGGUGCCGCUUGCAUGAACGUUUUCCAUUUUGAUUUUGAGCCUGCUGACAAAAUAACACAGCCAACACACACUAACACCUUCGCCAUCGCCCUGAAUCCACCUGUGUGCCGCCCUGUAUGAUUCGGGAACCGUGCCCCAACCUCGCCCACUUUUUUCUUUUUUUUAUGUUUGUCCAAUCAGAGAACAGCAUGUUUGCUUUAUGCUGCGUUACUGUAUUGGGCACCGUGGGAGAAGACUGUUACAGACUGUUACUGAGUGUGUGUUGGGUUGAGGACGGCUUUGUCGUAACUGCUGUUACAGCGAGAGUGUUACAGUGCGCUUGGCACGGUGCCAGCUAACUAAACGUGUUACAAGUGUUACAAAACAAAACGUCUCUAGUCACAAGUGUUAAAACGACGGAGGAAUCCCUGCGAGAAGUGUUUUAUCUCUGUGUGUGUGUGUGUGUGUGUGUGUGUGUGUGUGUGUCUAUGUGAAAAUAAGGUGUAAUACUGUUAUGCUUGUGAUUGGACGCAGGCUAGCGUACACUCUGUUGUUAUUAACUCCCUUUGUUUUUCUUUGUUUUUUUUUGUUUCUGUAUUUAUUUGUUUUGUUUUAGCUUUAAUGCCUCUUAAUCUGAACAAAGUGUUGUAUUAUUAUUAUUAUUAUACAUAAUUUUCCCCUGUAUAUGCCCUUAUUUUAUGACCCGUAUGAACAAUACUGGUGGCUUUCACUCAGUGUGUGUGUGUGUGUGUGUGUGAGAUGCUGAUGAUCAGCUGCUUUAGCUUUGCCUUCAUAACAUUUACUUUAUAUUUUAAAUUUAGUGAAAUAUUUUAAUGUCUCUCUAACUUGGGCAUCGUUCACAUGUAUCCAGAUAUCUUCAAAAACGCGAAUUCUUGUCGAAUCAUUCAUUUUUAUAUCCAGAGUAUUUCUUUAAAAAAAAAAAAAAAAACUUAAAGAUUUGUUAGUGUUUUUGCCCUACUUUCCACAUAUAUCCAUUAAAACAAAAAAAAAUAAAAUUCUUUCAUUUGAUAAAUGAAAACAGAGCUUUUUGAAAAAUCUGCAAGGUGGAAUUUUUUGAAAACUCAGUAUUUUCAUUAUUUUGUCAUGUGGAUGGUGGAAAAAAAACUAAACUUUAUUUCUUUUUUUUGUUUAACAUCCACAUAAAAAUGCCACUUUUGGUCACUUAAAGCGUAUUUUCGUUUGAGCAGUAAAACAACAAACUAACACUAGUUCCAAUGCAUGUGUAUACAUGUAUUUGGACAUCUUUUAAAACACCGAAAUGUGUCUCCAUUUUGGUGUAGCAUUAACACAAAAAAAAUUGAGCUUUCCCAAAAAAAAAAAAAAAAAACCACUCUUCAAUCCAGAGAUUUUUGAGAACCCAGUUUUCAUUAUUGUCAUGUGCACAAUGAAAGAAUGGAACUUUACCCCCCCAAAAAAAGUUAAAUUCACAACAGAUCCUCGUCCUCAAAUAUCCAGAUUUCUAUUUUAUGUUGAGGAAUUUUCUUAGUUUGACCUCCGUCCACACACUGCAUCAAAAUGCCAUUUUUUGGUCAAUAAAAACUGAGCUUUUUGAAAACAUUUUUUAAGGUGACGAUUUUUGAAAGCUCUUUUUUAUUAAAAUUUAAGUAUGGACAGUGGAAAAAAGUAGCUUUAUGGGGAAAAAAAAAUACUGCUGUCAGAAUGCAUGCACAUAUCUGGCUCAGUCCCAAAUACCUUCUUGCUCCCUAUAUAGUGAACAACAGUAUAUAGUGAAGUUCUAUGAUACAGACAACAUUGUCACACAGAUAGCGGGCAUUUGAACAAAUAUAAAGUAAUUAUAAUGUGUAAUUUAAUUGCAUGUGGUUGGUGUGGCACAGUGGCUAACACCACUGCAUGCCAGUGAGCUACCACAUCAUGUGGGAGACUGGGGUUCAAUUCCCGGUCUGGGUGACUGAAUGCUGUGAUACAGCAAUAAGAGGCCUUGGGCAAGACUCCUAACACUACAUUAGCCCAAAUCUGUAAUUUGAAUAACCAUGUUAUUUGCUCUGGAUAAGAUGCAAAUGUAUUACACUACUUAGGAAAUAGUGUUAAAUUUGGGUUUAAAAGCUCAAUAUUUUAUUAUUUUAAUUAUUAAUUAUUAAUGUAUGAGGUACCAUCACCCCUACAAGGCUAGCAUGCUAAUACAAGGAUUUUUGUCUCUGUGUGGACAGAAAUAUUAGUAAAAACAAAAAUGCAAAAUGUAUUUUUUUUUUAAAUAUCUGGAUACGUGUGAACAUAGUCGCAGUAGUUCCCAGCUUUGGUCUUUGGGGAGCCCAUGCCCUGCACAUUUUAAUGUUCAGCUGCUGCCUACUACCCUGAUUCAGCUCAUCAGCUAAUCAUCCUCCACAGUUCUACCAGUUUCAGCCACUAAACCUAUAUCCACUCUUCAGUUUAACACAGGUUUAUUAGCAGGUGUGUAAAGCCACUAACUAGCCUGGCCAGACUGAGGGCUGAGGUGAAGUUAGCGCCAUGCUAAUCCAAGCACAGUUGUUCUUUUAUACCUGAUGGAGAUACAGUAUUACAACAAAAACACGUAGAAAAGCUCAACAAGUUGUCGUAAAGUGGAACUUUUGAAAUGAGAAGCUGCUCGUUUUUGCAUUGUGGUCAUUUUUUUAGGUCAUUUGUCGAAGGACCGUACAGCUAGCGUAAUGCUAACAGUGGAGGUGCAGAGUGUUAAUAAUGAGGGGGGGCGUGGUCUGUUUCUUGAGAGCAUCAUUAAGUGCUUUUACCUCAGAUCAGAAAAAGGUGAGGAACUGAGACACAACUGUAUAGACUAAUCCAGUAAACAGGUCCUACUGAUGAUUAGCCCUUAAAAAAAGGGAAGUCCACUGAGUUUUUUUAUUUUUUUAUUAAAAAAAAAAAAUUAAAUUGAAUGUUUAGAUUGAAUAAGCUCAUUCAGAAUGAAGUUUGAUGUGGAAAAAGUAGAAAUUAAUUUACUUUUUUAUAGUGAUAAUGUAAGAACACUAUUAUAUCUACUUUAUUUACUAGUAAAACUGUAAAUCAGUGCACUUGAAAAUGUGUUUAUUGAGUUUUAUUGAUUAUACAAUUAAAUAUUCAACAUAAGUACAGCAAACCUCCUAAUUUGCUGCAAAACACCCCUAAUGUUUUAGUCAGAUCUCCACAGAUCUUGCUUAAUAUUAAAAAAAAAAAUCAUGGUAUAAGAACUAAUACUAAUGUGUCCCAUGACUUUUGCCAUGUCCAAAGGAAGCUAAAAAUCACUGCACUGACCUGUGGGAUGUGUGUUGUUGGUUCUCAUGGACAAUUCUAGCAAGAAGUCGCCUGUCACAAUCAUUAACACCCACUGCGCUACUGUAAGUAAUGCCACUUACAAGAUAGCACCUCACAACGUAUACAGGAGUGUGCAUUCUCCUGCAGGAGCACUUCAUUAUUAGUUACAUACAUUGCAUUCUGCUGUCACAUGACUUUUUGCUUCUCUAUAUAGAUUUAAUAGGUUUAAAACUUCACACAAACCACUUUUGUUAAAUUUGUUUAAUUUAGUUUUUUUUUUAUCUCAAACUUUUAAUUAUGCAGAAAUAAAAAAAUUAAAAAAAUCAGUGGAUUUCCCCUUUAAAUACCUGCUGCUUCUACUCUCUCAGCUGUUACAGGUCAACUUAUGUCCAUAUUAUGCAAUAGACCACUGUAUUUUUAUGUGAUAAGAUGUAAUGACUGUAAUGUGGCAAAGUGUGACUUUAUUAUAAAUAUAAAUAUAAAUAGGGCAGAUUUGAUUUUUUUUGUUUUGUUUUGUUUUUUUGUUUUAUUUAGUAAGAUGUAAGAUGGGGAGGGUUUGUGAGUUGUCGUGAUGGGAUUGAAUUGAUGAAUGCACAAGUAGUUUCAGUUUCAAUGUGUGAACUAGAGUAUUUAAAAUAAAAUUUGAUCAGUUUUUUGUUUUAUUUUACGAUUUUUACAACCGUCCAUUAUUAAAAAAAAAAAACGAAUGCGCGAAUCUGUUGAUGUCCAGAACAGACACCUCAGUGAACCCCCCUCCCCUAUAGCCCUAUAGAGGACAAAAAAAAAGAGAGACAGAAAACAAGUCAUCAUUACAUUUCUCCACUUUUAUGGUUGCUGUAGAUUUUUUAUGACUAGAAAAAGACGUGAAUCAUUUAAUCAAAGUAGCAAAUAAUCUUUCCAUUUGCCAAGUUUUAUAUUGCUUGUAAACAGUAUGUACAUAUAUAUUCUCAGUGGACGACAGUGGAGAAAAGAGUAGAGAGAAAAGAGAUUGAUUUGAUUGAUUAAUUGAUUGAUUUUAGAUGAAUCUCAUGGUGUGUCUCCAUUAGAACUGUGUUGAUGAAACGUGCUUCCUACGCUGCAACAAAUGUACAGUUGUUAAUCAAGUUGUAAAUAAAGCUUGUAUAAAAUUUG